AAUGUCAUCACAUUGUUGCAUGCGUUUGCUGUCAAAGCUAACGAUUACACUAAGAAGAGUCAUGUCUUCAGAUUACAUACAUGUGAUUCAGCUCAAUACCUCAUUCAGACUAGCGACAUGAAGGAUUGUCAGGAGUGGAUCGACGCCAUCAACAUCAUCGCUUCCAUCUACUCUUCACCC